AUGUCCUCUGUAAAUUACGGAAAUGAAGUUAUAACUUCAAAUGAUGAAACAACAAAUCCAUCGGGAGCUAUUAUUCAACAUCCAUAUCUUAAUCCAAAUACUAAUGUUGCUUAUGCUGCAGCUGCUGUAGCUGCAGCCGCGGCGUCAUCAGCAUCAAGUAUAGGUUCAUAUCAAAACUAUUACGAUCAUGCAUUGCCGACACAACAACUUUUACAUGCUCCACCAACGGCUGGUUUCUAUCCAACUGCAACAACAGUAUUAAAUCAUCCACAUCAUACAGAUUUUAAUAAUUCAUCACCAUCUGUUGCAUCAUCAUCGAGCUCAAUCGAAUCAGCACGUAAAACAACGAAUCGAAAACGAAAUACAAUUGAUUCAGAAAGACUACCAGGAAUAGCAUUAUCAACUAAAGCAAAUACAAAACGAAAACAGCCAAAUGAUGAUGAUCUUGAUGAUGAUGAUGACGAUGAUGACGAAGAAAAUAAAUGCUAUUUACGUGGUGUUUCAAUGCCAAACGUUUUAAUGCCUACGAAUCAUCCACAUGGUGGCGUAGGAGGUGGUGAGGAAGAUAAAGAAAAACAAGCACGCGAAAAUCAUUGUGAAAUUGAACGUCGUCGUCGUAUAAAAAUGGCAACUUAUUUUGCUGAACUAUGCGACAUGGUUCCAGCAUGUUCAAAUCUAGCACGUAAACCCGAUAAGUUGACAAUAUUACGUAUGGCUGCACAAUUUAUGAAAAAUUUACGAACAAAUAAUAAUUCAUUAACAUUAAAUUCCACACAAAUGUCUCAACAGCAACAAGUUGAUUUACAUAAACCAUCGUUUCUUAAUGAUCAAGAAUUAAAAUAUUUAAUGGUGGAAUCAUGCGAUGCAUUUUUAUUUGCAUUAAAUUGUGACAAUUUACGUGUUAUAUAUGUAAGCGAUGCUAUUCAACAUAUACUUUCUUAUACAUGCCAAGAUUGGUAUUCAAGAUAUUUCUAUGAUUUCGUUCAUCCUGAUGAUGUUGAAAAACUUCGUGAACAAUUAAAUUUGCAACCACAAGAUGGAAAUUCCAAUGUAAACGGUCGAGUUUUGGAUCUUAAAACAGGCACAAUUAAAAAAGAUGCACAUUCUACAGGUGCUCGAUCAGGCAAUUCAAAACGAUCAUUUAUAUGUCGACUUCGUGUUGGUUCAACAAAUCCAAUUGAUCAUACUCAUCAAAAUCCAUUUAUAAAUCCAUGUAUAUUACGUCGACGUCAUCGUACAUCAUUGGGCCCAUCAAUUGAUGGUCAGCUCUAUGAAGUAGUUCAUAUAAGUGGUUAUAUUCGAAAUUUAAAUAUUCAUCAUCAUCCAUCAGCACAUCAUGACAAUCCAUCGUCAUCUCCAUCAUCGAAUACCAAUGGUCAAAUGGCAUUUAUUGCAAUAGCUCGUAUACAAAAUUCAUGUUUACCAAAUGUCAAUGAUUUAACGAACGGUUCAGUAUCAUCAUUAAAUUCAUUAACAACAGAAUUUACAUGUCGCUGUAAUAGUGAUACAAGUGAAAUAUUAUUUAUUGAUCAACGUUGUACACCGAUUAUUGGCUACAAAAGUCAUGAUUUAUUACAUAAAGUACUCUACGAUCAAAUACAUAUAGAAGAUCAAAUGAAAUUUCAAGAUUUAUUUAAACGAACAGUUACACAAAAAAAUCUCGCAAAUACAUCAUCGAAUUUAACAAAUAUUAUCGUACGUUUUCGUACGAAUAUUGAUAAUGAAUAUGUUUCAUUGAAAGUGUCAACCUAUGCGUUUUGUAAUCCAUGUACAGAUGAUAUCGAAUUUAUAAUUGUCACAUUUUUAUCAAAUCAAACAACAAAUAAAACAUCGGUUAUUGCAAAUUCGAAUGAUUACAAUCGACUGCCCUAUGAUACAUAUACAAGAAAUCCAAGUGCAAUUGUGCCGAAUCCAAUAGCACGUUAUACACAACCAUCACCAUUGACAUAUAACAAUCAAGACGGACAAGAUUAUUCAACUAGCAAUGCCACUAACGAUGGACGAACGUAUGCAAGUAAUAAUGGUGGCUCAGCAUGGGCUUCAGCGAAUGAUAGUUGGUCAGCGGGUAAUCCAACAGUAGCCAAUACUGAUUAUGUUGAUACGCAAGCAACGCUCGCACUCUAUCAUCAAUAUCAUCAGUAA